AUGUCUCGCCGCCUGCUCAUUGCCCGACCAGGCCACAUCUAUCUCGCAACUUACAGCCCCGCUUCUCCCAGCAUCAGCAUCGACCUCGACCUCCCCGUCGCCGGCAAUCCCUCCUGGUUCGCCAUCUCGCCUACAGACUCAAGUCUACUGUACACCUUUGACGAGAAUGCAGCGACAACGUUCCUGUAUAAGCUUGAUCUUGCGGCAAAUACUCUCACAAAGGCAGCUGAGCGAAAUGAUGGCAGCGAGGGCGUCUGCCAUCUCGGCCUCAGCAAAGACAGCGGCAUCAUGGUGGGCAGCUCCUGGGCCUCUGGCACGGUGGACAUUUGGAACACGAGCAACGGCUCUUUGGAUUUCGUCAAGACGAUGCCGUCGAAACAUCCCCAGCUCGACGCCGGAAAAGUGGCUCGUGCUCAUCAGGCCGUGCUCGAUCCCACGGGCCGCUGGUUUGUCGUCAAUGAUCUCGGCACGGACUCUCUCCUGGUGCUGGACUUGGCUUCGGCUGAUAUGCCGCUUGUGAAGCGGGCCAUAGUGCCUAAUGGAUGGGGGCCUCGGCAUGGGGUGUUUUAUCCACCGAGAGAUGACGAUGAUGGUGCCGCGGCAACGCACUACAUGCUUCUUUGUGAGAAGACAAAUCGGGUUAUUGUCUAUGAUUUAAAGUACAUGGAUGAGAGCAUUGCAUUUUUGCCGUCGGGGACGUAUUCUACGUUUGUGGAGGGUGAUGCUGAGGUUGAGAGGACGGAGGGUGCUGCGGCGGGGGAGAUUGCUCUGUCGAGGGAUGGGAAGCAUGUUUAUACGUCGAAUAGGUUGUUGAACGCUCCGACGGAGACGAUUGCUCACUUUAAGGUGCUUCAGGGUGAAGAAGGGGUGUCACUGGAGCUUGUGGGGGAGACGUCGACGGGAGGGAAACAUCCGCGUAUGUUUAGUGUAAGUAGAGAUGGAGGGGAGCUGUUUGUGGGUAAUCAGGAAGGUGAGUGGGCGGUUGUAGUUUUGAAGAGGAGAGAUGAUGGGACGUUGGAAGAGAAACCUGUGGCGGGGAUUAGGAUGGAUGAGCUUGUGAAGCCGGGCGGAGAUGAGAGGGGACCUAUGUUUGUGUUGGAGGUUGUGUAA